CUCACAUUCCCUCUGCGACUCUGUUUUUCCAUCAUACAAAAACAUAAUGAGCUCGGCUCCUGGAAAUUACCUCAAAGCCACCCUCGCCGGAAGAAGAAGAAGACUUGUGUCGCGUAGGGGUCGAGCUCCGGUAAGAAAAUUCAACAACGGCGGCCGCAAACGGAGGUGUUUGAAGGCCGUCUCCGCCAAGCUGGAGACCCUGAAGAGCCUCGUUAAUCCGACCCACGUCGGGAAAACGCUAAAAGCCGACGAAUUGUUCCAGGAAACGGCGGAUUACAUCGUCCUGCUGCGGACCCAGGUCGUGAUUUUGCAGAGACUCGUCGAGUUUUAUGGAUCUAGUGACAAGGAAAAUGCUGCUGCUGCAUUAUAGUCGUUCCAUAUCUUUUAAUUUGUCAAUGGAAAACAAGAAGAAGAAGAAGAAGAAAAGGAUGGGUUUUUUGGGUUUUUUUAUUUUCCUUUAUUUUUCUCUUAAUUUUUGUUUGGAAGUUUAGAUGUUGCAUGCUUUGUUUGGUUGAAGAUCAUCCACCAAAGGAGGCUCAACUAAAUUAUUAAUAGCUAUUUUUUUUUGCCAGAUCUUUUGUGGCAAAAUGUGUUACUUGUAGGAACGAGUUCGAUCUUUAGAUCUCUUUUCUUGUUGAUUAGAGUAGUUUAAAAUAUCGCUCGUUAAAAAACAGCUUAGCUUAGGUAAUUUUUAUCUUAAAUAAGACUGAAAGUUUUAUA